AACUCAACUGAAGUUGCAAGUUAGUGUUGCAUUGUAACGCGAGCUAGCAAACGAUUCUUUCCGAAGAUUCUAUCCAAGCCUUCUAUCAAGACUUCCGUCCAUCUCUACCGGGGUGCAAGUCGCUGUGCAUCGUGUACACAUGUGUUGUUAGUAAUAUUCAAGGAGCCGAAGAUUUAAGCUGAAAUACUUACCAGCUUGAUUACUUCUGUUUCGCGAGCUAACUUCCAUCCAACUAACCUUAGCUGGAUGCCUGGAUGGCUAGUAGCUACUGUUAGCCACACAGCUAGCUGACGUUAGCUAUUUGGUGUGGUUCCCUGUGCUAGCCGUAACGUUAUAAGAUUUGCAUUAGCCAGUCUGUCGGGCAGGUGUCCAAAAUACACUGUGUGUGAUGUCAAGUGAGAAACGUGUGUCAGCCAGGUAACUCGAUGCUUCCGUGUUAUUUUUGAUGCAUUUAGGUAACUAUAUAUUAUUUGUGACCUGCCCGUUGAACGUGAAUAGUCGGCUAGCCUAGCCAGCAAAGUGCCACUGCUACUUGUCAGCCAAUUAGCUGCUGUUAGCUAGGGAACCCAAAUCUGUUGAGUUUCAUAGCUCGCUGACGUUUAGUUGCGAAAAUGCCUGCCAUGCUCGAUAAGGGCACCGCCGAGAUGUCUGGCAAAAGAAGGGGUAGGAACUCUGUGAGCAACCCGGCCAAAAGUUUCACCGCGAAUGGGAACAGUAACAAUUCAUGGGAAGAAGGAAGUUCUGGAUCUUCAAGUGAUGAUGAACAUGGUGCAGGGGGCAUGCGAGUUGGUACCCAAUAUCAAGCCAAUGUUCCAGACUAUGAUCCAGAGGUGGCGAAGGCCAGUCAAGAGAGGGACAAUCUCGGCAUGCUGGUGUGGUUUCCUAAUCAGAACUUGGCCGAAGCGAAACUGGAUGAGUACAUUGUCAUUGCCAAAGAGAAGCAUGGGUACAAUAUGGAGCAGGCUCUCGGGAUGCUCUUCUGGCACAAGCACAACAUUGAAAAAUCACUGGCAGACCUGCCAAACUUCACGCCUUUCCCUGACGAGUGGACGGUGGAGGACAAGGUGCUUUUCGAACAGGGUUUCAGCUUCCACGGCAAGACGUUUCACCGCAUCCAGCAAAUGCUGCCCGACAAGUCAAUCGCCAGCCUGGUGCGAUUCUACUACUCCUGGAAGAAGACGCGCAGCAAAACCAGCGUGAUGGACCGUCACGCACGCAAGCAGAAGAGGGACAGAGAAGACAGUGAUGAUGACGUGGAGGAGAACAGCUGCAUCUCUCCAGGAGAUACAGAGUACGAGCCCAGCAAGGAGGAGAGGAAGGAGUUGGGGGCAGGACUUGAAAAAUCAGAGUCAAAGGCAUCCAUCCUACAGAAGCCUGCCGGUUCGGGGGAGAAGUCGUCGCACCUGAAGAAGGAGACACCGGGCGCCACGGGCAAGAACCUGCACCGGGCCAAGAAGAAGCCGCCCAAGGGCAUGCACCUGAUCCAGCGCGACGUCACCGCCAUGUCCACCAGCUCUCCCGCCGCCACCGGCGUCCUGCGUCAGCUCGACAUGGAGCUGGUGGCCAUCAAGCGACAGAUCCAGAGUAUCAAGCAGGGCAACAGCGCUCUGAGAGAGAAACUCGAUGCCGGAGUAGAUGACUUCAGACCACCUGAGGGAACACAGAAGUUCAACACCCGCUGGACAACAGAAGAGCAACUUCUUGCUGUUCAAGCCAUCCGCAAGUACGGCCGGGACAUGCAGGCGGUGUCGGACGUGAUCGGCAACAAGUCGGUGGUGCAGGUGAAGAACUUCCUGGUCAACUACCGGCGGCGCUUCAACCUGGACGAGGUGCUGCAGGAGUGGGAGGCGGAGCACGGCGUGCUAGAGGGAGACAUGGCCGGCGCCACCCCCACCGCCACAGGGGCCAAGGGCGACAAGAUGGAGGACGACAAAAUGGAGGUCAUCACCGCCGAGGACGCAGCAGCAGCCACCGCCGGUGCCGCCGACAACACCACCAGCACCACCACCACCACCACGCUCGCCUCCACUCCUCCUGAGGAACCGAAGAAGGAGCCAGCAGCUGCAGAAUCGCAGGCUCCCCAAGCCUCCUGAACCUGUUGAGCAAUCAAGCCAUCCAUUCCUACGGAGCUACAGUUCACAUGGAUAAAACAAGAGAAGCCACAGAAAUGAGAGAAUGAGAGAUGGAUGCAUCUCCUGACAAACCUGAGCUGGGCUGUAUCUUCAAAAAAAAAAAAAAACAUAUACUGGAUUUUCUCUUAACUUCCCUCACCCUCUCUGUAUCUACCUGCUCCCCCCUUAUCCCCACACAACCCCCUACCUGCCCCCCGCCGGGGGCCCUACCCCAUGUUGCCAUGGAGCCCUAGCAGCUGCAUCUGCAUGGAAAUGGAAGAUGGGGGGGGGUCAAAGACAAACAAGAAAAAAAUCAAGAACUCCCAAACAGAUGCAAAGUGCUUGGCACUCGACUCUUAACUUGUCUGUGCACUUUACCCCAUGAGUGCCCACGCCACACACCACUUCUCCUCUCCUCCCCUACAUACACGCUUCUGUCCAAUAUCCUAACCCCCAUCCUCCCAAAGUGCUUGUGGCCUCCUGAUAAUUGAUGACAGAAGUUAGGUGACAUUAAGUCAGAUGGCAUAAGUUUAAUUCAAUAUCUCACAAAAGUGCAAUUGAAAGGUCAUUGUCUCAUUUACAAAUCCCCCCCCCAAAAGUUGUUGUGGCUACGUUGACAGCGGGGGAAACUUUUGUUUCCUCCUCGGAGGUGGGGCGUCAUGUGCAGUGCGAGGCCACAAACACAAGGUCGAGGACAGUAGUCAGGAAAUUGGAAAGGGCCUCCACUUUCAAAGCUCUAUACUCAUUACCACACCCACCACCACCACCACCUUGCCUCACGCUCUGUGGUUUGCUCCAGACUCCUAAAAGACUUGUCUGUCCUUCCAUGCCUGCCUUCUUCUCAGUUCGUUUCCCACAGAGAUGGUUCUCUUGAAAAACACUCACUUCUGGAGUUUGGGGAAAGGUGGCAUGUUCCGCUGUUUCCUCCAUCAGCUCAUCCUGUCUUUUGGUCACCCUGUUGUAGUGGUGGGGGUGAUACUUCGCUAUGUCUCUCAUCUCAUGUCUUCUCUUUUGGCCAUCUUUCACAUGUGGAAUCUGAAGAUGCCCACCCCCCUUUUAAGGCCCAAACAUACCCUACGUGUGACAUUACCGGUCCAUGUGAAAAGAUUCACACGUUCUACCCAAUGGUUGAAUACAUGUUGAAGGUUGGAAUGUACGUACAGAAAUGCUGUAUGUGAUUUACCAAACACAGGGUAUGUAUGGGCCUAUAGAUUGGCCAUGUGUGUCUUACCAGCAACCUCCCCUACGUGUCUCUUCUCCAAAUUGCUCAAAAUAAGCCUGUGCUGGUAUUCUGAGUGUGGUGUUUGUAACUGGAUCCGUUAUGAUUUUUGUUUUUGCUGUAUGGUUUGCCAUGAGCGUUCAUCGUGGCACGAGUUAUGCAUUUCUCAGGCAGUCCGCAGUGCCUGUCAAUUACGUAUACACGAUCUCUAAAUUGUAUUCAAUAUUUAAUUCCUUAUUUGAAUGGGGUAAUUAAGUUCCGACUGUAAUUGGACUGUUGUGUACCCUCCGUGUUAAUACCAGUGCGUAACAUUUGAGUUAUAAAUAACUGUAACUUUAUUCAUGAUGCUUUUAUUUGUUUGUACCAUGCCUCUAAAACUUUGCUCCCCCUUGGUGUCGGAUAUAUUUAUUGUGGAUAUGAGACUGCGGAAAAAUCGUAUGCCCGCGUUUUGUUUCCCACACACAGCUUUCCCAGUUAACAGCAUUCCUUAGAUGAUUGCUUCAACCGGGCAUGGGAUCACAGUGGAUGGAAGGGGGGGGCCCCCCCCCCCCCCCCCCUGAAAUUGUCCCCCGACUCUUUAACCUCGUCUUUGUAAUCUGAUGGAUCUCCAAGAACUUUAUUGGCUGUUUAUAAUACAAGUUGAAACUGUGAUGCUGUGGCCAUAACCCCGGUUGCUGUUUCGGUGUGUGUGUCCAACCCCCUUUUGGUAUUUUAUUUUUCCAGAUGAUGAUGAUGACCUUUUUAUGUAUCAUGUACAAACCAGUGGAUUUCUAUGUGGGAACAUAGCGUUUCAUGUAGACUAGUUUGGAAGGGAAGCAGAGGGCAGAUGAUGGUGGACCGAAGCUGAGGCCACCCAUCUGCAUUGGCAUUCCCUCUCCACCACCACCACCCACUACCACCAACCAUACAGUAGGCCCCCUAGGCCUUGAUGUGUGCUGCUACCCAGACAUGCAUUCAAACACGCAUUACGCCUAUUGCUGAAACACAUAGGAGACACACACCUAUACACACCCUAUGCACGUGUGUGCUCUUCAUAAAGAAUGAUCACCAUUCCCUUACCAAAAUGCCACUCAAAAAAGCAGAUCCUCUAUACUUGCUAACUAUGUUAAAAAAAAAAAAACAACCAAAGUAUUUGAAAACAUUUCCUUCCUGCUGUGGUGUUCGACCUAUUUUUGUUUGUUUGUUUCAAUUUUUUGUACUAUGGACUGUUAAAACUUCAGAUUUCAGAUGGCUUAAAAUUCCCUCCUUGAGUGCAGAGUCAUCAGAAGUGGUUGACUUCGUCACCUGCUCGGCGCACUGAAUAAAAUUGUGUCGUGUUGAAUUCCAUGACUCAUCUCCUCAGAGUUUUAGGCCGAGCUAUCUACAUGGCACAACAGGGCAGUGGGUUGAAAGAUGUCAUGACAGUUUUUUUUUCUCCUUUUCUUUCUUUUAAUUGAAUGGUUAUGUGUUGAUAUGAUCCUCCUUUAUUAUAUGGCCUUCAAAAGCAGGGUUUAUGUGUGCACACAAGAAGUAUGCACUGUUGACUUUUUUUCCCUUUUGGGCCAGUUUUAAUCAUGUUUUAUAUUAACUUAUUUUAUUGUCUGCGUCAUGUAAACUUAAAUUCCCAACAUAGGCUUUCCUUAUUUUGCUGAUCUGGUACUGCGUUGAGUUGUUUUUUUCUCCUUUUAUUUUUUUCUCAAAUAGUGGUUGUGAGAAUAUUCUGUGAAUGUUUUGAAUAUGAAUUUGUGAGGAAGAGAAACCAUUGUAGUCAUUAUAAUUCACUGAAUUUUAAUAGCCAUGCAAUAAAUGUAAGGAUUUACAGGGAA